AUGACUAAUUUUGUAGUGUGGAGACAGUUGAAGGCAGCUCUGCAGGAUGUGGGGUUUUACACAACCACAGCUCAGGCUGGCUGUGCUCAUUUUAGUCUUUGCCUCCAAUGACUUCAGACUUGCAAAUGGGUAUCCCGGUGGCACAAAAGGAGGGCAAAAUCCGAGUGUCUGGUACCAACAUGGUAGUUCUGAUGUAGAUGAGGGCCACAAUGCUGCACCUGUCUCGCUGUCUAGCUUUGGUUCGAAAAACCAGCAGGAAUCAUCUGACUACCGGAAUUCACAAUCCUCAGCAUCGGAUGACCGAUAUGACGACUGGAAUGGACAGUCCUUUGACGGCGGGAAGACUCAAGAAAAAACCCAACCUAAGCAGCAGAACCAACAGCAGUCCUUUGGCGGCUGGAAGACGCAGGAGAAAUCCCAGCCUCAGCAGCAGCAGCAGCAGCAGCAGCAACAGCAGGCAUCCUCUGACUACCGGUAUUCACAAUCCUCAGCAUCGGAUGACCGCUAUGGCGGCUGGAAUGGACAGUCCUCUGACGGCGGGAAGACUCAGGAAAAAACCCAACCUAAGCAGCAGCAACAACAGCAGUCCUUUGGCGGCUGGAAGACGCAGGAGAAAUCCCAGCCUCAGCAGCAGCAACAGCAGCAGGCAUCCUCUGACUACCGGUAUUCGCAAUCCUCAGCAUCGGAUGACCGCUAUGGCGGCUGGAAUGGACAGUCCUCUGACGGCGGGAAGACUCAGGAAAAAACCCAACCUAAGCAGCAGAACCAACAGCAGUCCUUUGGCGGCUGGAAGACGCAGGAGAAAUCCCAGCCUCAGCAGCAACAACAGCAGGCAUCGUCUGACUACCGGUAUUCGCAAUCCUCAGCAUCGGAUGACCGCUAUGGCGGCUGGAAUGGACAGUCCUCUGACGGCGGGAAGACUCAGGAAAAAACCCAACCCCAAGCCAGAACCCAACAGCAGUCCUUUGGAGGCUGGAAAACGCAGGAGAAACCCCAACCCAAAAGGGACAAGCAAAAGGGGCAUCCUCUGAUAACCGGUAUUCAAAUCCCCACAUCGGGGAAACCCAUGGCGGGUGGGGUGACAGUCCCCGCGGGGGAAACCAGGGGAAAAAACCCAACCCAAACAGCGAAAACCCAAAAGCAGUCCUUUGCGGUGGGAAACGCAGGGAAACCCAACCAACAGCAGCAACAAAAGCAGGCACCCCCUGACACCCG